CAUUUUAUAUAAAAUUCAAUUUUGUCGAAAAACAUUUUGUAUUAUUUUCAAACAUUUUGCCGAAGAAAGCAGUUACUAAUCCGGUGUAAUAACGAUAUACUGUUCUCGUUGUUGCAGGUACUUUCUACGACAUGGUGAACUUACGGUAAUUCAGUGGGACGUCUAAUUCACAGUGCUGAGAUCCACGUGUGGAUGGAAGUAGUGUGCUUUUGUUGCAGGAUUAACUUUUGUUAGGAACAAACAUCUCUGAGAGCUCCGUGGGAAAAUGUCGUUCAGAGGAGGUCGAGGUGGGGGGUUUAACAGGGGAGGUGGACGGGGAGGCUUCGGAGGCCGGGGUGGAGGAGGCGGAUUUCGAGGGGGCGGCCGUGGCGGUUUCAACAAAUACCAAGACUACGGUCCCCCAGAAUAUGUAGUAGAGCUGGGGGAGUUCAUGCACCCGUGUGAAGAUGAGAUUGUGUGCAAGUGCGUCACGGAGGAGAACAAGGUGCCCUACUUCAACGCUCCCGUCUACCUAGAAAACAAGGAGCAGAUCGGAAAAGUGGACGAAAUCUUUGGCCAACUCCGCGAUUUUUAUUUUUCAGUUAAGCUUUCGGAAAACAUGAAGGCCUCUUCCUUUAAGAAACUACAGAAGUUUUACAUCGACCCAAUGAAGCUCCUGCCCCUCCAGCGAUUCCUGCCCCGGCCACCCGGAGAGAAGGGACCUGCCAGGGGUGGUAGGGGUGGUGGGAGAGGAGGAGGACGGGGCGGUGGCCGUGGAGGUGGCUUCCGGGGCGGCAGGGGUGGAGGCUUUGGUGGGGGUCGAGGAGGCGGCGGCUUUGGAAGAGGAGGUGGAGGAUUCAGGGGAGGAAGAGGAGGUGGAGGCGGCCGUGGAUUCAGGGGUGGGAGGUGAUUCAGGCACACGCCACUCACGGUUCUCGGCUCCAGUGCUCGUGCCCGAAGGAGCAGCUCUUCCUCGUUGGACGCUUCCUGGACACGCUGACCGUUUCCCGCCUUACUGCCCUUCGUUUUUAAGUAUCGAGUGCUCCAUCUGUUCCACCCUCCUCACAGCUAUGUGUACAGUGGAAUCCUUUUCUAAUUUAACUCGCAUUCAACGUCAUUUGUUUUUAAGCAUCAUCAGAUAUUUUGGGCAUUGAAUAUGAAUGUUAAGGUUUUUUUUUUUUGUAAGUUUGGUAUGGAUGUUUUAAUUGAAGAAUGAUUCCUGAAUUGUUACAGUAAUUUCACUGAGUACAUUUCCAUCGUUUGCCUGCAUUUCCAUCGGUCUCCCCUCCACAUUGUGGCUGAAAUCAUCCUGCUUUGAAGAAUGAAAAUGUUUUGAAAAUAAAACUUUUGAAUAUUUUCAGUGCUA